AUGACUCAACUCAAAGGUAUUAUUGCUGCUGUUCCUACUCCUCUCUCGAAGGACUCCAAGUCUGUCGACUUGGACAAGAUCCCAGCCAUUGUCGACAGACUCGUCGAUGCUGGUGUACAUGGUAUAGUCACCACAGGUACUACUGGUGAAUUUCCUGCUCUCACCACCGACGAAAUCAAAAGCGUUAUGAAAGCUUAUGUGGACGCUGGAAAAGGUCGUCUCUCUGUUGUUUGUGGAUUCGGCUGCAACUCUACCUUGGCUGCCAUUGAUUUGGCUCAAUACGCUGAGAAGAUCGGUGCAGAUGCCAUCAUGAUGGUUCCACCAUACUACGAGCCAUUCCCUUUCGACGUGAUCUACAAAUUCUUCGAGGAUGUCUGCGGAUCCAUCUCAAUUCCAUUGAUGUAUUACAACUUGCCAAGUGCUACUGGAGUACAUCUCUCUGCCAACCAGUUGCGUAAGCUUGGAGAGAUCAAAGGCUUUGACUACUUGAAGGACACCUCUGGAAAUGCUGGGGAACAAGCGGAUCUCUUGACCAACCCAUCUCCAAAUCUUCAAUGCUUCAACGGGUACGACACUUUGACAUUCUUCGCGUUCUCCCACGGAGCUCAGGCCGGUGUUUGGGGAGUAGCAUCUAUUGUUCCUCGUGAAUGUGUGGAAUUCUACAAUACACUUACCCAAGAGAAAAACCUCGACAAAGCUCGCGAACAAUGGAAAUAUUUAUGGGAAUUGUGCAACAUUUUGGAAGGAGGGUCGUAUCCUGCGGGAAUCAAGGCUGGCUUUGAGAUUAUUGGCCAACCGGUUGGACCAUUGAGACUUCCCAAUGUCUCCCUUGGGAAGGAUAAGUACGAUGAGUUAGCUGAGAUUCUCUCCAGAAGAAAAUACAAGUGA